AUGUUCGCCCACCUUGAUUGCUUCGAAGCCAUCUUGUACAAAUCUUUCAACGACGAACCCCGUCGCAAGCUUGCCAUUCUGCUACGAUUCUGGGUGAACAUGCUACGGGCAGGGAAGCUCAUCACAACCGAUAUUACAAAGCACAUACAGGAUGCCCUCGCAGAGUGUGGCUGGGAAGACGCAGCCAAUCUCCACCAGCAAGAUGCGUCAGAGGCUUUCACUUUCAUAACUGAGAAGCUCGAACUACCGCUUCUUACUCUGAAAAUGGACAUCUACCACACUGGCAAAGAAGAUGCCACUGAUGAUCAUAAAUUCAUCAAUGAGCGACUUCUGGAGGUGGCGAUUCCACCGGAGCCUACCGACGGACAGACUCUUACUCUCGAAGAUUGUUUGGAGGCGUACUUCAACAAUCGUAUUGAAGUGAAGCGCUAUCUCGAGCGGCGGAAUACUCUUCCUUCUUCUCAUUCCGUGGAUUCUCUAUCUAUAUCCAAGGGCUUCACCGCCCACGUGGAGGAGGUUGAAACGACCCCGACCAUAUCCCCAGUUCAGUCAAACUCUUCUCGGAUUGAAGGACCAGGCCCUUGGUCCUCUUUUACCGAGUUCAACGAGGCUCUUAAUGCACGACGGCUUGGUCGGCGCAGUAGCCUUGUUCGGGAACGAUUCAUUCCAGAGUCCGAAAAAACCCCUGGGGAAACGAACCCGCCUUCCUCAGAACGUCAACAACGGAAAGGUUCCUACCGAAAGGAGGUAAUGAUGCCAGCAUGGCAAUUCUUCAGUCUCAUCCGUAAGUCAGGACUUCAGGGGAUAGGAUUGAAACUCAUUUUUAUCAUAGCAUGGUACACCGAUAAUACGCCUACCAGCGAUGCUCAAGUUGCAGCGCACUUCUCCUCCAAGAGACCAAUCCUUGGAAUGUGCUUGAAGCGCUACUCAUUCCUUCCCAAUGGAACGGCAACGCGGCUCAAUACGUACAUUGACAUUCCCACCGAAAUCGGGUUGCCUCAUUUCAUUCAAGAUGAUAAUCUGGACUCGGGCUCACCGAUGUAUGGGAACUUCAAACUUUCUCUGCAGGCGAUGGUCUGCCAUCGUGGCAAUUCCGUAGACUCAGGUCACUACAUUUCCAUCGUCCGGGGCACAAGUCCUGAUGUUACGUCGUCUGGUUCAAGCACCAAACUCGACCACCAUUCUGAAACACCAAAGCACUGGAUGCGUUUCGAUGACUUGGCUUCUGAGCGAGUGACCCUCAUCGACAUUGAAACGGCCCUCAAAACCGAGUCGCCGUAUCUUCUCUUCUACCAAAUCCUUCCCAUGGAUCAAGAUGCAUUCAUGGCCAAUCUCUCAUACAAGGCUCCUUCAUCCCGCGCAUCUGAUGGUACUCUGGACGGAGAUAUGAAUGAGAUCUCUCGGAAGCUCUUUGGCUUGGCAGUCGACGACACGGACGGUAGCACAACUGAAGAUGUUACAUCUGCUCGACCCAGCUUUGAAAUCACUGCACCUGACAACGGAGACGGCCAAAAUACAGUGAGACGACCCAGUGUUGCAUUUUCAGAAGGUGCUUGGGGUCUUCAGGCACGAUCAGUGCCAUCCAUGUCCCCGCGCUUAGCACCCAUGGGAGAGGAAAGCGCCAGAGGCGCAUUUGGCUUCUCAAGCCGCAGUUCACGUACAAAAAGCAACUCGGGAAGCCGUGCUGGCAGUCAAUCAGGCGAUAAUAGGAUAGGAUCGACAUUCUCUCGGUUCACUGGGCGACUAAGCCGCGAGAAAUUUACUAGUGAUGGUGAAGGCGAGGCCGACGAGUCUGCCCUGGAGACUGGUGAUCUUUCCCCCGAUGAACUGAAGCUCGGGCCAGCCGCCUACGAAGGCAAAGAGAAAUCGAGGAGAGGUAGAACAAAGGAUCGAGGAAGUAAGGGGUAA